UACGAUUUCCUCCACAGCCUUGAUUGAGCUGAGCGCGAGGUGCAUGAGCUGAGCGCUGCCUGAGCGGGGUAACGUCACUGUCCGUGGCACCGCAGCAUCAGUCCAUUCUCCACAACAGCAGCAGUAGCAGCGAGCGCAACGCUUUAGAGCGGCGGCAGGGUCCCUCACAUGAUCAUUUUGAAAUGUUGGAGAAACUACGCUGUGCAACAACCUUUUACUACAGAGUCAAUGCGGGCAAAGUGGACUUUGAAUGCUUCAAAAUGUGCCCCAGUCGGACCAUAUUUAUGUUGAAAUAAGGAAAAGCUCGGAAGAGCUAAGAGGGGGAGAUUUCCUAAGGAUGAGUGUAGACAACGGGGAGACAUUCAGGCUUUAACGGUUGGAACCACUACAACUUGAGUCUCAGGAGAAAGGUGCUUGGACAGCGGAAUCUUUCUUAUUUUUGGCAAUAAUCAUGCCUGUUCGGAGAGGUCAUGUUGCGCCACAAAACACCUUUUUGGGGAUAAUUAUAAAGAAAUUUGAGGGACAAAAUAAGAAAUUCAUUAUAGCCAAUGCCCGGGUUCAGAACUGCGCCAUCAUCUACUGCAACGACGGCUUCUGUGAGAUGACCGGCUUCUCACGGCCGGACGUGAUGCAGAGGCCGUGCACCUGUGACUUCCUCCACGGAGAGUUCACCAACAGGCAUGCCAUCGCCCAGGUAGCCCAGGCUCUGAUGGGGUCUGAGGAGCGCAAGGUGGAGAUCACCUACCACCGCAAGGAUGGCUCUGACUUCCUGUGUAACACCCACAUCAUCCCAGUGAAGAACGAGGAGGGCAUGGUCAUGAUGUUCAUCCUCAACUUUGACUACAUCCUAGAGGAGGACAGCAGUGACUCUCUGGAGGGACUCAACCACACGUCUCCUGCCAAAGCUGAGCCAAGGAAAGGUAGAUUGUUUUGUUUCCGGCUCCCAGCCUUACACCUCCUGGGCAUCAGUAAGCAGUCCCUCCCUCAGCAGGACCCUGACGCCGUCAUAAUCGACUCGCCCCGCCGCAGUAAAGAGUCGGUGGCCACCCGCGACUUCCAGUCACUGCCCACCCGGGAGAGCUGCAGCCCCUCCUACGCCAACGACACGCGGGCCCUCAUUGGCCCCAGCCACUGCUCCACCCCUGUGUCGGGACCCCUGGACCACUCGUCCCCCAAGGGGCCAUUCUGGGACAGGCUGGUUCCUCAAGCGGUUCCCCAGGCCCAGCCCCAAACUGUGGGCCCUCUGGCCCCCUCCAUCCCAGACCUGACCCCCACCGCGUCCAGGGAGAGUGUGUGUAGUAUCCGGAGGGCCUCCUCUGCUCAGGACAUGGAGGGUUUUGGCUCCAACUCCAAGAUGGCCUUCAGGGACCGACACGCAAGUGAAGACAAUGGUCGUAAUAUCAAAGUGUCUCGGUCCUGGAUGGCUGGGGGGCCCUUCAACCAGAUCAAAUCCAGUCUUCUGGGCUCCACGUCUGACUCUCACCUCAACAGAUACAGCACCAUUAACAAGAUCCCCCUCAUCACGCUCAACUUCUCAGAGGCCAACAACGACAAGAAGUGCCCCUCCCCUCCGUCCUCCGAGAAAGCCAUCAUCGCCCCAAAGGUCAAGGACCGAACGCACAACGUCACCGAUAAGGUCACACAGGUGCUGUCGCUGGGCGCAGAUGUGCUUCCCGAGUACAAGCUCCAGACGCCCCGCAUGGACAAGUUAACCAUCCUCCACUACAGCCCCUUCAAAGCGGUGUGGGACUGGCUCAUCCUGCUGCUGGUCAUCUACACGGCCAUCUUCACGCCCUACUCCGCCGCCUUCCUCCUCAACGACCUAGAGGAGCAGAAGAGGAGGGAGUGCGGCUACUCGUGCUCGCCGCUCAACGUGGUCGACCUCAUGGUGGACAUCAUGUUCAUCGUGGACAUAUUGAUCAACUUCAGGACAACCUAUGUGAAUCUCAACGAGGAGGUGGUCAGCCACCCGGCGAAGAUAGCCAUCCACUAUUUCAAGGGCUGGUUCCUCAUCGACAUGGUGGCUGCCAUCCCCUUUGAUCUGCUCAUCUUCGGCUCAGGAUCGGAGGAAACCACAACUCUGAUUGGGCUACUGAAGACCGCCCGGCUGCUCCGACUAGUUCGCGUGGCCCGUAAGCUGGACCGAUAUUCAGAGUACGGCGCCGCCGUCCUUAUGCUCCUCAUGUGCAUCUUUGCCCUCAUUGCCCAUUGGCUGGCCUGCAUCUGGUACGCCAUCGGCAAUGUGGAGAAGCCCUAUCUGGAGCACAAGAUUGGCUGGCUGGAUAACCUGGGCGUGUCCAUUGGAAAGAGGUACAACUACAGUGACCCCAGCUCUGGCCCGUCCAUCAAGGACAAAUACGUCACGGCCCUCUAUUUUACCUUCAGUAGUCUGACCAGCGUGGGCUUUGGCAACGUCUCACCCAACACCAACUCCGAGAAGAUCUUCUCCAUCUGUGUCAUGCUGAUUGGCUCCCUGAUGUACGCCAGUAUCUUUGGUAAUGUGUCGGCCAUCAUCCAGCGGUUGUACUCUGGUACGGCGCGGUACCACCUGCAGAUGCUCCGGGUCAAAGAAUUCAUCCGCUUCCACCAGAUCCCCAACCCACUGAGGCAACGCCUGGAGGAGUACUUCCAACACGCCUGGAACUACACCAACGGCAUCGACAUGAAUAUGGUCCUAAAGGGUUUCCCAGAGUGUCUCCAGGCUGAUAUCUGCCUCCACCUCAACGCGAGUCUGCUCCAGGGCUGCAAGGCAUUCCAAGGGGCUACUAAGGGCUGCCUGAGGGCCCUGGCCAUGAGGUUCAAGACCACGCACUCCCCACCGGGCGACACACUGGUCCACUGUGGAGACGUGCUUACUGCCCUCUACUUCUUGUCCCGGGGGUCCAUCGAAAUCCUCAAGGAAGACAUUGUGGUGGCCAUUUUGGGGAAGAAUGACAUCUUUGGGGAGAUGAUCCACCUGUACGCCAAGCCGGGGAAGGCCAACGCGGACGUGCGGGCGCUCAGCUACUGUGACCUGCACACCAUCCAGAGGGAGGAGAUCCUGGAGGUGCUUGAUAUGUACCCAGAGUUCGCCGACUACUUCCUCAGCAACCUGGAGCUGACCUUUAACCUCCGAGACGAGAGCGGCAAGCCUCAGAAUGCAGAGUCAGUCUACCCAUCCCCCAGUGAUUCUGAUGGGGAUGACAUCAAAUGCAGAAGAAGGCUCACUAACAAGAGGAAAUCUUCCGCAGGGACCCAGAUCAAAGAGACGUCGGUGUUCUGCGAUGGUGGUGAGCGGGAGAGGCAGCUCUACCCCUCCUCCCAGGCUGUAGCCACCGUGGUGGAGGAGAGGAGAGACUCAGAGGAGGAGAGGGAAGAGGAAGAAGAGGAGGAGGAGGGAGGGGAGGGGGAGGAGCAGAGGCCUCUGUGCUCAGGGGGGCAGGGUUACCCCUUGGUGAGGGACCACACCUUGGGACUUGGGCUGGAGGACGUUGUUCCGGACGCGUCGGGGGGAGGAGACAAUGUGGAGAGGAGCCAGUCUUAUAAAGACCUGCGUGGGGAGGAGUGGGGGUGCGUGCGGCCCAGGGAGGUCCUGGAGGAGUCGGCCCAGGACUCCCGAAGUGGGGUCGGAGAGGAGGACAGUGAGCCGGACAACACCUACGGAGAGGUGGAGCAACGUCUGGACCUGCUGCAAGAGCAUCUAAACAGGCUGGAGUUCCAGAUGACGUCAGACAUCAAGGCCAUCCUCCAGCUGCUGCAGAGGCAGAGCACCGUGGUUCCCCCGGCCUACAGCAUCGUCACCUCCAGCCCAAAGUACCAGAGGCCUGCCAUCAGGGUGCAGCCUGUUUCUGCCAUCAGGAUCUCAGAGCCUCAACACAGCCUCAACCCUGCUUCACCACUGGCUCAGAAUCCUGACAUGGAGAAGCCGCUGAACAAAUCCAAAGAAUCUAUGUCGGGCCAGGGUCCCACGGAAAUGACCCCGGAAGAGGACCUCGGAGCGGGACUGCUAGAGAAGGACACAGAGCCCAGACACAUACAAAACAAAAUUGACUCUCCAGAGAAACAACAACAACCUAGUGCCCUCUUCCCCUCUGCCAGACAAGCCUCGCUCCCCGACGCAUCACCUGAAAAUUCAGAAACGUCAGGACUCCACAGGCCGGUAUCCGACCCUGGGCUUCUGGGAAGGUAGGCCAUUUCGCCUACCUGCGCCCCUCUUUCUCACUACGGAAAACUUGGGCUUCUCUCAAAGUUUGACUCAGGGUCUUAGAAGGAGACUGUAUAUGCAAGGAAUACUGUCAACUUUCUUCCACUCCUUUUCCAAUAUUUUCUGCCGGUCUCUGAUUUAGAUGUGUUAUAUAGUACAUUUAUACAGCGGUAUUUAUACUGUAUAUUACUAAUAUCUGUAAUGAUCUACCAUGUACAUAUUUCAGAUGUAACACUGCCAGCAACACAAAGGCACCUAACAUGCUUGUUCUUCCAAGAGAGAAAAGUGCAUGUUUUGGAAGUGUUUUCUGUUGCAUGUUCAAAACACAACACCAUCUCAUGCACUGCACAGUCAUGGUGUGAGGUCGGCAUGCUUUCAGAGUAAUGAGUAUCCGUUAUAUCAUUUUUCCCAAUCGAUCGGGACAAAGCCACGUGAAACUCUCUUUCAAAGGCAUUUUCAAUCUGAAAAUAAGUGUGUGGUUUUAAACUCAUCGCGUUAAUGACCUUAUCAAACAGACACCAUGUAAUGCAUUUGGCUAAUUAACAAUCUCCACGUCCGACAUGAUAUACGAUAAUAUUUCAUCAUAUACUGUGCCUAAGUACCUAACGUCCACAUGUCUUUCAAAAAGUCAUCUGAUCAUAAGAGACAAAGAACCACUAUGUAAAAUACAUUAUUCUAUUGGAUUAUAAAUACACAGAUAUGCAAAUGAAUAUGAUUUAAAUGGUUGGGAAAGCUCUUCUACAAAGUAUCCCGUACACUGCUAAAGUAUUCCUGGGAGAGUUUAUUUGUGAUCACUUUGCACCACAAGUCUCUUUCAUGGGGCCAUGAAAGCAAUAACGACAACAUUAAAACAUUCAUUUACACACAUGAAUAAUAUACAUAUUUGAUUAAAUCUAGAAAUGAACACGGGUAGAAGCCCAAAAGUCGAAAUGGUCUUUAAAGUGUGUAUGGCAUCAACUAAAACAGAAACUAAAGUACUGUAUUUCAAGUUCUGUAUUCUUGUAAAAAAAAAAAUGCAAAUGGUCUCUACUGUAUAUUUGAAUUUACAAAAAGGGAUACUUAUCCACUUGAUAUAGCUACUUUCCUCCCUGAAUCACUGAAUAUGUUUUACCAUUGAAAAUAUUGUCAAAAAAUAAUUUGGUGGGAAGUGUGUGCAUAGUUGUUUUGAUAUUGUAUUACUGUAAUGACACACACAGGGGCAUGAACAGGGUGGACUGUUUUUUCCGAUAUGUAAUCGAUGUGC